AUGGUACAACGAGAUUCUUAUCAGAUAUUUGAUCGUUCACCAAUAUCAGCUGUAAUAAUUAAAGUAAAACAACCGUCAUAUUGUUCAAAUAAUUCUAUUGAAAUACUUCAUUUGUUCAAUUAUACUUGUUCAAAAACUUUAUUUGAUGUCAAUGAUUUUAUUGUACCGGCAACAGAAAAUUCUGCUGUAUCAAUAACAACACGAAUUGUCGAUAUUGAACAUAUAUUAGAACGUUGUGAUAAUACAAUACUUAACCAUACUUCCGAAUAUUCAUCAAAACAUCAAUGUCAUCAUCGAUCACGUUGUAUUUUACCACCAUUUUAUCGUCAUGAACCUGAUAAUAAAAAACUAUUUAAAAAAAACUAUGGAUUAUGUUGGUUUAAAUCACCAACACGUACAAGAUUUAAUUAUGAAGCACUCGAUUACACAAUAUUUAUAAAACAUUUUGUUGAAUUUCCUCAAUUAGAUCUUAUUCGACAUAAUCUUUUAUCUGAUCGUAUCACAAAAGAUUAUUUAGAUACAUGUGAAUAUGAUCCAAAUGAUCAUCCAUUAUGUCCAAAAUUUCGUAUUUUAAAAAUCUUACAAAUGGUUGAAAGUAAUUCAAGUGAAUAUGAAUUCAUGUUUUAUUAUGGUUCAUUAAUCGAAAUAAAAAUUAGUUGGAAAUGUGAUCUUGAUCGACCUAUGAAAUAUUGUGAACCUAUUUAUGAAUUUGUACGUUUAGAUGUUAAACCCUAUGAAGAAAAUCCAUAUCAUCCAGGUUCAACAUUUCUUGUAUCUCGACAUUUUUUUGAACCAAAUACUAGUCAACUUCAUCGUUUACAUACGCAUAUUUAUAAUUUACAUAUUGUCGUUUCUGUUACCGGUGAAGCAGGUAGAUUUGAUUUAUUUCAAACAACAACAAGUAUCGGUUCAUUUCUUGGAAUAUUUGGUACAGGAGCAAUUGUUUGCGAUCUUUUCGCUACAUUUGUUACUAAUUUUAAACGAGUCAGAUACGAGCGAUAA